AAAUGUCUCACUGUGCAAAUACUUUUGGAGUUCACUGUUACUCUGCACAUAAAAGAAAGAUGCAGCUGACAAAUCUACUGAUCUCAAUUCUUGUCUCAUUUGCAACUCUCCAACAGAUAAAAUGCAUGAUGAAAGAAGAAUGUGAUGAACCUAAACCAAUACUCUUAGAUCUGGCUGAAGAUUCCCUACGUGAUCAGUACAAAGACUGCACCGCAGAAAUGUCAAAGAAAGUUUAUAACAACUAUCUUAAGUCUGAGCUUAAUACAGAGCCUUUCAAAAGCACCUGGAAUGAAGCUACAAAAUUAUGUAAAAACAAAGGUCUUUUCGGUUCAGAUAAUUUAGAAAAGGAACACGUCAUAGCAAUCUAUGCUUAUACAAUGGGAGGGGUUAAAGGCCAAAAGAAACUCAAUAGAGUCUUCAAUUAUCAAACGAAGACUGGAGGCAGGGACUAUGAAACAUUUCCCUUCAAGUCCCUCCAUUUCUUCCUAACAGAAGCUGUGCGUAUUCUCAAAGGAAAAGAUGAAGAAAAGUGUCGUACAGUGUUUAGGGGAACUAUUUGUGAGUUUGAGGUCCAGGAGAAUACUCCUGUACGAUUUGGACAGUUUACAUCUACCUCUUUGAAUAAGGACAUUGCAAAGACAUUUGGGACAGGUACAUUAUUUGAAAUAGAGACCUGUGAUGGUGCAUAUAUUAACAAGUACAGUCAUUUCAUUGGGCAAAACCAAGAAGAGGUUCUAAUCCCACCAUAUGAGACAUUUAAGGUUGUGUCCAAGGAAGGAAACGUGAUUCAACUGAAACACAUGGACUAUGCAAAUGACCAAAACUGUUUAGCAUUGAAAAACAUACCGAGUACCUCCAAUGCCAGCGCUAGAAAAAUAAAUACAAAUAAGGCUGCUAAUGGUGGAACGAAAAAAUCUGGAUAAACAGUGACACAAAAGACAACUGGUUGGCUCGGUUCACCUAAGGUGGUGACGGCGCUGAAUGGGAGAGGCUGCCCUGACUUUCCUGCCCUUUGUCUGCCCAUUCUUGCUUUCUUUUAGCUUUGAUUUUGAACCUAGCAUAUAAUAUAAACCGUGUUAGUUAGCAAAGAAAAUACAUGUACAAACAAGCAAACAUUUAGCAUUCAUUCUUUUGUGUUUAAAUAAACUAUGUUGGGUAAGGUUUAAACCAUA